ACCUGCCCGACCUCCGAGCGUCUUUCUCGGCCGCGACGGAGCAGUGAAGUGCGAGGCAGCCGCUGAGGCGGCCACUGAGCAGCGUCAGCGUCAGAGAGAAGGCGGAGGAGAGUGAGAGCCGGGAGGGUGCUUGUCGGGAGGAGCGGGGCUGGUGAGGAGCAGGUGAACCGCCGCUGCUGGAUUCCGAACGCCAGGAACGCACUGCAGCGCGACGGACGGUGAGUGGACGCCACGGGACCCUCCACGUCUGUCGGACUUCUGGAAGCACUUCAGAGCACGGACUGUGCCUGGCCUUUCAUGGAAGUGGGACCUCUCAUUCAUCCAGAGUUGGCCUGUCUGGAGAAGGUUGCCUCCUAUGCUGCUCUCUGGAUUGUGACCAAAGUCAAGAGUCUAGGACUCGCCCCGGUCUCCUUUCCUGCCUCCAGUCUUCACUGUGCUCGCUGUGGGAUUAAGUGUUAAGCCCUUCGGACACUUUAUUUAAAUACAAAACUCUUGGGUGGGAUUAGAAUAAUGCCUGCAAUGAUGUGGAAAAGAACUCCUCGCUGGAUGCGGUGAGCUGUGGAGGAGAGCAGAGGAGUGGGACGUGCCAUUGGCGGCGUAAUUCCCAAAACGCCACAGGAGUAAAACCACUGGACGGAGAGCGAGCCAGGAGUUUGGCACUUGUUCCUACCUGUCACUCUCCUCCUCUUUUCCUUUCCCUGACCUCGUGGGGGUUCCAGCGGCCACAGAGAGGGAGACGAGCUUUCAAUUCCACCUGCUUUGGUUCCACUCUCCUGUGCUGCCUCCCCUCACACGCUGCUCUGCUCCCCCUGGUGUGGUGUGUGUGUGAUGAUGCACCCCCUCCUCUCCGACACAGAGACAUGCCUGUUCCGGAGAUGGCAGUGAGUCCUAUCAAGUCCUUGCACUGGGAGCAUUUCCCCCCCAUGUCACAGCGUCGGGUGUACUGCACCCCUGUCUACCAUGAAGGCCUGCUGUACGUGCUGGGGGGCUGCAAUGAGACGGGCAUGCCCCUGGACAGCGUGGAGGUCCUGGACGUGGAAAGCCAGACGUGGAGCCAGCUGCCCCCACUGCCCACCGCCAGAGCGGGAGCAUCUGCUGUGAUAGUGGGGGGACAGGUGAUGGUGCUGGGAGGCAUGAAUCAACAGCAAACCCCACUGGCCACAGUGGAGAUGUACCACCCGGACCAAGGCAAGUGGGAGCCCAAGGCCAGUCUGAGCCAGCCGUCCAUGGGCGUCACAGCUGUGGAGAAAGAUGGAAAGGUCUACGCACUCGGAGGAAUGGGAGUGGACACCACACCGCAGGCCCUGGUCAGGACCUAUGAGGCCGAGAAGGACCAGUGGCAGCCGCUGACGUCCAUGCCCACGCCCCGAUAUGGAGCCACACCUUUCGUCAAGGGCGACAAACUCUACCUGAUGGGUGGUCGCCAGGGAAAGAUGCCAGUCACAGCGCUGGAGUCCUUCGACUUGGAGACGAAGAGCUGGACGCGCUACGCUUGCAUCCCCAGCCGGAGGGCCUUUUCCUGCUGCGCGACAAAUGAGCGAAGUCUCUUCAGUCUGGGCGGCCUCCAGCAGCCGGGGCCCCACAACUUCUACUCCCGGCCUCACUUUGUCAACACCAUGGAGGAGUAUGAUCUGGAUCAAGGUGUCUGGAUCAAGCCCGGCCGCGCAUCAAGGAUGAGAGAGAAGAGAGCAGACUUCGUGGCGGGAUGCCUUGGCGGACGGGUCAUCGCGGUCGGCGGUUUGGGAAACGAGCCGGCGCCACUGAGCUCGGUGGAGAGCUACAACCCUGUGAAGCGGCGCUGGGAGUCCGUGGCGGCCAUGCCCACGGGACGCUGCUCCUCGGCCCUGCUCCAGACCAACAGCAUGCUGGUUGUCAUCGGCGGCGUCGCCCAGGGACCCAGCAACGCAGUGGAAGCCCUGUGCUUACAAGAAAGCGUGUGACAGCGAGAGACGCUGUCAUGACGGAUGCCUCCUCUCAGACCAAUCUAAAUUCAACAAGCAGCCGCUUCUCUGGGUCAGCAAACGCAACAUGAAGGACAGUCGGGCAGCAUGGACAGAGAGCUGUCCUUCUCAGGGGGGGGACACCACAUGAAGAUCGAAGCCAAAAAACAGUGUUUUGUGUUUGACAAAGAGACUUCUUUUCACUGAGGAGAGUUUUUCCUAAUAAAAGCAGGGUACCUUUCUGGAUAUUUAAGGAACUUAGGGCCAUAUACUGUAGGUUCUUCUGCCUGCAGCUGCUGCGGUGGGACACUUUUCUACAUGUUCUCAGAAGCUUUCACUUUUACAACUUUGUUACACUGCAGGUUUGACAGGACAAUACUGGCGACAUCCAUGGCCUUUAACAUUCCCACCUGCUCAUCUGAGUCAUCCAUUUCUAUGAGCCUUUCUACGACCACAGUCACUGUGUUUCCUUCAGUUGAGAUGACUGUGGUCAGACGUGUCGACAGCUGCCAUCACUUUGUGUCACCUCGGCCCACAGCGACCGAGCCAUGUCCCAGAUUGUGGAUCCAAACUCACCCAAUGGUUGGCCGUCACAAGGAAUUCCUAAAUCACUUUUUGAUCAGUAGUUUACAUUUAAGUUUUAACUUGCUAGCGGAAAUGACAGGAGAUUUGGGGGUUAUAAUCGACCUCUGACUUAUUGAAAUUCAUUCCAACUUUUAGACGUCAAUGGCUGCGUGAGGAUGUGAACUGAACAUAAGAUACAUCCCAUUCGUUCAUAUGACAUUGUGUCCAAGAAAGAAAGGAAUGAUUCUCUUGACCACUUGCUUUACUGAAGCCACGACCAUCAACACUGGAGGUUCAGGACGACGCCCCAAAUCUAGUCUUAUUUCCAUGAACAAGACUGAAUCAGAGACUUGUACUGGCUUAAGCAAAGUUUAAAUCAGAGCAUGAAAACAGUGUCAAGUGAAGUGAAGCCUGGUGGGAAAUGCCCCAAAAACAAAGACGCUGCGUUGACUUCCCAGUCAGCCACAAAGGUCUUCAUGAUGUUUACAGGGAGGGACCCCAGUUGAGGAUGAUCAGAAGGCGGGGGGCGCCGUGGUGGUGGUGGUGCAGCAGAGCUAACAACCCCAACAAGAAACGCUGGCAAACACCAAGACUCCCUGGUGUUUGUGCGCCGGUCUGGGACCAGAACUUCGUCCAACACUGAUGAGCCUGCUCCAGCCAACUGUGUCGCCGCGCACGUGUGUGUGCGUGUGCUGGAGAGCUGGCUCUUCAGCCCGGCUGAGCUUUGGGGGAAAAUGAUCAUUAAUUUUAAUUGGCUCAAGAAAAAUAAACAGGAAAAAGCGACGGCACAGCAGCAACUUCAGCAGAGUCCAGUUCUGUUUCCCUUUUUCAAGCUUGGUCACUGAAUUAUUAGCAUUAAGCGCCUCGGUGCACAGUGUGUCUUUGGGCAGAUGAGGCUUCAUGAAACACUUUUCUAAAUACAUUCAGGGUCCCCGACUAAACACACAGACUCAGGUGGUGUCAAUAAAGUGGCGGUUUUGUGACGCAAACGUUCACGCUACAAUGGAACCGCAGCUCAACAGAGGAGAGUUUGUUUCCCAAAAUGUAGCAUUGACAGGUUUGGCCCACGUCGAGCCCGACCUCACGUGAAUAGGCCUUUUCUGUGUAUUGGUAGGUGGAAUACUUGGAUAGUCAUGUUGUUGUGUUGCUUCGGAGCGACCCGUGUGUGGUGGUGACCGCUGUUUACUGGUGUUGUGCAAGUCGCUCCACUCACGACGUGUUUCUUUUUCUCUUGCUGGUGUGAAAUCCACGGUGACAUAGUUGUUUUCCAGGUAGGACAGCGUGACUUCAGACCUGUGAGACUGAAGUGGGCAUCAUCACACUUGAUUUCGGAAGAAUUCUUUCAUAUUUAGCAUCCCAUGCCGUCCAUUUGUAGCCGCUGCUACACUCCGCUCAUCGAUUUUGCGACUCAAAUGUCCUGUUUGGAAGGAAGCAGCAGCUUUGUGUGAACAACAUUUCACUAACCCGCUGCCCCGGCCACAUUUUUUGGGGCGGACAGUCACACAUUUCUGAUCAAAAAAUGUCCAGGCCAAGCUGCGGCCACUCAGACCUUCCCCCAACACAGGACGUAGCUCUUAUCUACACAAAAAUUGCCAUUUACGUCAGCUCUCGGUCAUUUCGCGACAAGCAUCAGCAGGAAGACACUCAUCGAAAUUUCCCAUGUAAUUCUCUGGUUGUGCUAUUGCGGAAAAAAAAUGGGGUUGUGAGUUUAUUGGUAUUCCAUUAAUCGGGAAAACUAUACUAUUGUACUUUUAUUUUUAAAUAUAUUCCAUUCAUUUUCAGGACACUGUUUCGAUCAGGUCAACGUUACAGGCAUUAUCAAGGACAAAAAAACAACAGGAAGGUUCAUUUAAAACAAUGAAAUAAUGCAUCAGAAGUUUGUAUUUCCUGCCAUAAGAGAGAGAUCACGUGCAUCGAAAGACUCACCUUGACCAGUGGUUGCCGGUUGUUCCUGACAAACGUGUCUGUUUAAUAAUCGUAACAGGUGGAACAUUGUAAAUGGUGGCUGUGUCAGUGGACACCAGGAUCUACUGUUGGACUGUAACGUCACUCGUGUUCUUGUCAGUGGAGCGGGCGCCUGUCGCAGCUGUGCAGUAGUUCAGUGCCUAAACUCAAUGUGAGGCAGUGCCUCAACUAAAAACCCUGUUGUGUAAUAAACUAUUUUGAC